GCAGGCUGUCUGGGAGGAACCGCGCCCCCUGUUGCGCGUCGAGCAUCAGGGUGGGAAGCAUGGAAGGUCUCUUCUCCUCGGUGUCCUUGAAUUUCACACAUUCUGAAAGCAAAAAGGGGGAAGAGUCUAGCGGAGACUCAGAGCUUCAAGCCUGCCUGCAGUUCUCUUAAAAUGUCCGCUUUGUUCUACUUAAACACACCGUUUCCUGCCUCCACUGCGCCUCGCGUCACCUUUGCGCAAACUUCAACUUAGCCGCCCGGAGUCUCCUCUGUUGCGCACCGCGGUUCCCACUCCCUCCCUCCUCCCCUGCUCUUCCUCCUCCUCCUCCUCCUGCAGCACCACUAGUCGAGCUGUAACGGGACACUUUUCCAGCGCAGCAGACCUUCACCGGUUCCCCCUCAUCCCCGGUUCGUUCCCACCAGUCUGCGCGCCUUCCACCGGCUCGGAUGAAGCCGCAGAAGUGUCCCUGUGGUGUGGGCUUUUUUAACCUCUUUUUUGGACAUGAGGCUGCUGAGGAUGGUCGCUGACAGCCUGAUGUGCUGCUGAAUGAACAUCGGAGGGACUGCGAGGCGAUAGAGAGGGAUUUUUAUUUCAUUUUCUUGUUUUUCUGAGCGCUGGUCUGGAGACGAGUGAGGAGCUCAGGAUGUGCCUGCAUGAUGCCACCGUGUGUCUGGUCCCUCCCUAAUCCUGUAGCGGCGACACAGAGGAUCCCCUUCAGUCCCUGAACGCCUCGCUGCUGCACGUUUGGCUCCUUGACUCAUCCAGUUCAUCCUCUGCAGCCAUAAAGCGCUGAUCAAUCCUAACCCCCGCUCUGCAGCAGGCUUUCCUUUUCUACUGUCUGGAAUUACCUACUGAUCUCAUGCUAAAUCCUGAAACACCAACCCAGUAUAUUGUGGACCUUUGACGAGGAAAUGCACAUUCAGAUUUGACAACGGGUUUCCUGACACUCAUUACUCCUCUGCUUUAUGGAGCCAAAGCCAUAGCUGGCCUGUCACUGAAAGAAAAAACAACUUUGAUACCAAAAAAGACCGAAAGCAGCCACAGACAUUAUUUAUUCAGCUCGUCUACAGUCGAUGUGGGCCACAGCAGGAAAACUUUUCUCACGUAAAACUUUUAACGUACGUUGUUGCAUUCUGGACUUGUUCAGACUGAAAAGGUCAGCAGGGCACCGUCUGUAGACUCUUUUGUCUUCAUUACUUGCUCUGAGCUGCCCUUUCAGGAGCAGCGUGUUUUCCAAAUGCUGCCAUGCCCAUCAUCAGCAACGCCAACCAUGACUUCAGCAACCUGUCCGUCAGCGAUGACAGCAGUCUGGACCGCAUCUUCACCGAGAUCCCCGAGACCGAGACCAUCAAGGGUGUUUACUACCAGAGGGCUCAGUUCAUCCGCCGGCCAGAGGACCUGGUUUCCAUCGACCAUGCCUUGUUGGCGGUGAUCAACGUCGGGGGAAACCGCUACACCUUCCCCUGGAGCACCCUCGAACAGUUCCCCCUCACGCGUCUCGGCCGACUCUGCGACUGUCGAUCGCCCGAGGACAUCGCCAGCGUCUGCGAUGACUACGAUGAAGCCCGCAAGGAGUUCUUCUUUGACCGCUCCCCAUCCGCCUUCAGGGUCAUCCUCAACUUCCUGGCUGCGGGGAAACUCCGGCUGCUGCGGGAGAUGUGCAUCCUCUCCCUGCACGACGAGCUGACCUACUGGGGCGUGGAGAUGGCCUACAUGGAGCGCUGCUGCAAGAGGAAGAUGUACACCCGCAUCGAGGAAGUGCACGAGCGGGAGAGGCGGGAGGAGGAGCGCCGGCAGAGGAACGCCAUGCAGCGAGUACCGGUGGAAGAAACACAGUGGCGGAAAGUGAUGAACUGGCUGAGGGAUAUGGUGGAGAAUCCGCAGUCGGGUUUACCGGGGAAGAUCUUCGCCUGCAUGUCGGUGAUCAUGGUGGCAGUGACGGUCAUCAGCUUGUGUAUCAGCACCAUGCCGGACCUCAGAGAAGAAGAGGACAGGGGCGAGUGUUCCACCAAAUGCUACAACAUGUUCAUCAUAGAGACGGUUUGCGUGGCCUGGUUCUCCCUGGAGUUCAUCCUGCGUUUCAUUCAGGCCCGCAGCAAGUUGGAGUUUCUCCGCGGGCCGCUCAACAUCAUCGACGCCAUGGCCAUUCUGCCCUACUACGUCUCCCUCGUGGUGAAAGAGGAGGACCCGGACUUGGCGCAUGAGAGGCCAGGAGGAGGUAAGGGCUACUUAGACAAGCUGGGCCUGGUGCUGAGGAUCCUGCGGGCGUUGAGGAUUCUCUACGUGAUGCGUCUGGCUCGUCACUCUCUGGGCCUGCAGACGCUGGGGCUGACGGUGCGACGCAGCACCAGGGAGUUCGGCCUUCUGUUGCUUUUCCUCUGUGUGGCCGUCACUCUGUUCUCCCCGCUGGUCCACUUGGCUGAGAGCGAGCUGACGGGCGCCCAUGACUUCAGCAGCAUCCCCGCCUCCUACUGGUGGGCCAUUAUCUCCAUGACAACGGUGGGCUACGGCGACAUGGUGCCGAGGUCCAUACCGGGACAGGUAGUGGCGCUGAGCAGCAUCCUCAGCGGCAUCCUCAUCAUGGCCUUCCCCGCUACCUCCAUCUUCCACAUGUUCUCCCGCUCCUACCAGGAGCUCAAGAUGGAGCACGACCGCUUGUUCAAAGAGGAAUGCGCGGCUGCUGCGGCCGCUGCAGCUACAGGGGAGCUGCAGGAGGCGGGAGGUGAAGCAGGGAGGGAGGACUCGGCUCCACCUGGACUGGGAUUACGUCUGGAUAAGGAUAGUGUGCAUUCUCUGGAGUCUCUGGCUCUGCUGGGGAAAGGCGGUGAGGCUGCAGGAAACAACACCCACAGCCUUCCAGCUGCAGCUUUUUGAACAGUUUUCUCACUGACUGACUCAAUCCUAAACUUCCAAGAAGAUGUGAGUCCACUUAUCUCUGUGUUAAAUACAGUUAAACGUACUGCAAAGUGACGAUUGCAACAAAGGCUUCACGAUCCAUGACGUUCUGAAGGAACCUGUGCCGUGUUGGAUAGAAAGAGAUCGGAUGAAAAGCAUGUCUGUGUCUCCUCAGUGUGUUGAUAAGGAGCACAAGUGUGCACAUCGCAGACUGCACGGAAACUGAAAGACAUUAAACCCUUUAAAUUGGACGGUCCACUUUGCCGGACCAGAAAGCCUCUGCAGCAAUAUUAGUAACAGGCUGCUUCCAUAAACAUGCAAUAUUCAAUCCAAAGUUGCUCUUCCUUCCACUGUGAAAAUACUUCUAAGCCUGACUGCAACUUUUAGUUUCGUUCUCAUUACUUUUUAAUACGUUGCCUCCUGUAUGAUCUCAGAUGUGUGUCAUACGGUAUACUCUACUUUUCUGCCAUGAAUUCAAAGAAGUGCUCCUCUUAUUUUAUUUUUGAGAAGCUUAAAGCCAUGAAGAAAUAGAAACAAACUCAUAGUUUGACCUAUAUAUAACGUAUAUCGACCUCCCUCUCAUGUAUAUUUAUAUGCUCGAACUUACAGAAGCGAUGUUUUCUCUAAUCUCUACUAUAAACUCCAGGUGAACUGUGUUCAAAUGUUGCAGAGUCAUCCAAAUUGUUUUUUAAACCAAUGAGGAAAUGAAAGGAUGGAGAGAAAACAUUAGUGUUUGUUUUAGCGAAGGAGGAAGUCUGAGUGAAAGAGAGUGAACGCUAACAACCAUGAAAUGUACUUUGCAACGCUCCAAAUAAAAGCUCUCCUCGUAAUCUGAGAGAAAUCCA